CGACUAUGUAGCUUUGUAUACAGAGUGUUUCUCACAUAACGACGAGACAGUCAAAGAGGCAAGGCCUUUGCGCGUUUCUGUGGUGGACGGUAGCGUUUAGGCCCGAAAAUUCACCUUCUAAUUGCCAGAGAUGUUUAAGAAUACGUUUCAGAGUGGUUUCUUGUCCAUCCUGUACAGCAUAGGAAGCAAGCCUUUGCAAAUCUGGGACAAAAAGGUGCGAAAUGGCCACAUCAAGAGGAUCACAGACAACGACAUCCAGUCACUUGUACUGGAGAUUUGUGGCACAAACGUCAGCACAACAUAUAUCACGUGCCCGGCAGACCCAAAGAAAACCCUGGGAAUCAAAUUGCCUUUCCUUGUGAUGAUCAUCAAGAACCUGAAGAAGUACUUCACCUUUGAGGUUCAGGUCCUAGAUGACAAGAAUGUGCGCAGACGGUUCAGAGCGAGUAACUACCAGAGCACGACCAGAGUCAAGCCCUUCAUCUGCACAAUGCCCAUGAGACUGGACGAUGGGUGGAACCAGAUCCAAUUCAACCUGUCAGACUUCACGAGGAGGGCCUACGGGACCAACUACAUCGAGACGCUGCGUGUCCAGAUCCACGCCAACUGCCGCAUCCGCCGGGUCUAUUUCUCCGACAGGUUGUACUCAGAAGACGAGCUGCCAGCAGAAUUCAAACUCUACCUACCUGUGCAGAACAAAGCAAAGGUUUGAAGAACCUCUGUCAAACCAGUGCAGUCACCAAAUCCUAUUUUGCUGUAAAAAAAAGACCAAACAACAUAAGUUAUGUUUCCAUAUCUUCCUGGUGCCUACCAAACGUGACUCAUUUUGUCAGGAAGACUUUACCAAAAACAUCAGUUGCACUGUAUCUAGUUCUCGGUUCAACAUAGUCCUGCAAUGUAGUUUAAAAUUAGGUGUAACCUACCAGAGAAAUAUGUUUAGUGUCGACUCUUUCUACAGACAGUAGCUGUAGCAUCGGUAGAAAAUUCUAGGAACUGUUCUGGAAAUGACAGCAACAACCCAUUUUUGUGAAUUUCUCAUAACUCUUGUUUCUGAAUGUAAAAAGAAAAAAGUAAGCAUAUUUGUUGUCCCCGUGUAGAGGGGACCGUUCAUUAAUAAUCAGGGUUAAGUAUGUUGGGAGGAAGCGGACUGGAUGUAUGUUUAACUAUGUCAGAGUUUAGGGCACGUUCCCCACUUUGUAAUAACAGAUUUGUUAAGAACACCUCACUUAAGCAUUAAGUGGCCAAGAGACACUGUCUUGUACAUCUGACCAUCAGGACAGAACGAAAUGAACGAGCCAUGUCAAUUUUUCUUCCAUCGUUGUAAAUACUGGAAGCUGUAUUAGUUGCCCCUGUAUGUAACCAUGGUGAUGACUAGGUUGAUAUAAAGUUGUAGUGUUCUGUGAUCAACCAUGUAUAGAACAACCUUCAUGAGGGUUACAUGUAGCUUUUACAUAUUUCAAACUGUUACAUAUUGCAAUAAAAAUUACAUUUUGCCUGUUUAA